UUUAGUUAUGAAUAUGGAGGUAUACAUUUUAGGGGUUCUUUUAGAGAAAGGAGAAGGUUUAGAGGAUGUAGAAGGUUUUUUGAGGGUUUAGGGUAGAAUUUGGGACCAAAUAUGGGGUCUUAGGUCUUUUGAAGGUUUGAACACAUUAAGUUUAAGGAGUUGAACAUUUUGUGGGAAAGGUCUCUAAUUCAAAAUUUAGAUUUGAAGAGAAAUAGUUAACCCUGAAGAAGGAACUAUAUUGAAAAAGGAAACUGAGCAUACUAAUGAUAUUGAUGUGCUAGUCGGAGAACAAUCUACAAUGAUGACACAAGUUGAUCAUAAAGAAAAUGUAAAGCCUUCUGCUCCCUUAAAAGAAGACUUUGCAACUCCUAUAUCUAAACCAGCUCCCAAAAAGAAGGCAGUACGUAAAUCCAAGGUCUUUGACAUUUCCAAGUCAUAUAUGGAGGAUUACGAAUACGUUGAUGCCUUCCUACUUGAAGGUAACGUGAUAUGGUCACUUAAAAAGCGUGACUACUCAGGAAAGAACAGAUUCUUGCACUAUAGCCAGGUCCCUGAUUGUGACAUGUACCACAUCAAUUUGAAAAAUACAGAAUAA